UGAAAACCACGGUGUGUACGAUCGUGAUGAAAACGCCUAUACGAAGAAACGUAUGGCUUCUAAGUAUAGUUAGUAUAUUGUGCGUGAAGGUUAGGAGGAGUAAACGUAUAUCGAUAUACACGUAGAUAAAACAUCCGUGUGAUUUACCACGGAAUACAUGGAUGUUGCGAACGGACAAAAGCCCCUCGGUGGGCAACCUUCUGCCACUGGUGGUUCAGGGAUGGAUAAGGGAAAAGAGUGGCAGAUGGAAUUGCUUAUGGAAAAAUUACGUUCCAAAGCUUCUACAUUCAAAUCCUUGGUGGAAACCGCCAAAAAUUUACGAAUGGCUAUGUUGGAUAAAAGGUUUGCAAUUGAUAGUGCGGAAAAAAGUCAACUACAAAAAUGUUUGGAUACUUUGCAACAUUCCAUUAAAGUAACGUCUUUACAAUCCAUGGUAGAACGUUUGGAGAGUUUAACUAGACAAUUAGGCUUAAAGUUUAUGAUGUCUGGUCCACCAGGCACAGAAUUGUUUAUCUCCUCUGAUAUGUUCUUUUUGGAGGUUCUUUUGGAGCCAUCAGGUGUAGUUAAAGAUGUUAAAAUUCAUCACGAAGGGAAAAACGAACAGCAGAGCUGUGAUGUAUUGGUGUCUUGUUUGUCAAGAGGAGACUUCCUUGAUUUUACAGUACAAUUAGAAGGUUUAGCUUCGAUAUAUCAAUUAAAUGCUGAUAAGAAGGUAAAAUGUAAAGCAUUUAGUGCUUUACAGUCACUGGAGGCUGAUCUGGGUAUCUUAGCUCAAUUGCAAACAUUUAUAAAAGAACCCUUUAAUCUUGUUCAUAAAAGCCCAGUUGGAAUCCUUGAACGAAGAAGAGGUGGUCACGCUAUGAAGCUGACAUACUUUGUUUCUCCUUAUGAUUUAAUAGAUCAGGAGAAUCGUACCUGUGAUGCAUUGAAUUCAGAAAUAGUUAUCAAGCGGAAGAUUGGUCAUUCCGUUACUGUUUGUAUGGAAGGUUCGACUGCUCACAAGUUGCCUACAUCUAGUAUCAUAACUGUAAAUAGAAGUCCUACAGGAAAAAGUACUCCAUCAUAUGCUCCGUUAACUGGUACAAAUUCGUCGGUAUUACCCGCUUGCUUUGUAUUGAAGCUCGCCAAGAAAAUGCCGAUGUGCAUGGAACUAGUGCGUAGGAUACAGAAAGUAACGGAGUUAGAAUGUGGAGACAUAUCCGCUCCCCAUCCAUUACUUAGUUUAAUUAUUCAGCAUGCCAGUGAAGGACAACAGGAUUGUCGGAAUAACAGAGGACUUUAUGUUACUUUACCGGAUCAACAGCACUGUUAUUUCAUGACAGAGAACAAAAAUAUGGAAGGUGUGCUAGUGUGUAGUAUUCCUUUCACUCAUCCGGCGCAUGUCCCACAAAUCUUGGUAUACUUGCGUCAACAAGCGCUCUUUAAUACGUUAAUCGCUAGUUGCGUUAGACCUAUGGCUCGGCAAGAUCCAGAACAUGCAACUAUAUUCGAAGUAAGCGCUUUAUCAUGGCAACACAUAUCGGUAAGUUUGGAGCAUCCUUUCGAGGAGACAAUGGCAACAGCAGAAUUGGAUUUGACGGAUAUCUCUGCGCUCAAGUGCAAAUUGUAUGGCAUAAGUAUAACGAACACGGAACAAACGUCAGAUCUGACGGGAAAAGUUUUGCAGAAGUGUUUAAGUAUACCUCUGACAAUGAGAAUUCUCAUGAAGUCGUGGGAGAGUCGUGACUCUUUAAGUACGAUGAACAAUCUGAAUAGCGGAAAUGGAAGCUAUAAUGUAAAUCUUGGUUCCGGAAAAGAUCAGAACAGCCAGAAUGGUUCCGGGAUGCCCGACUUCACUAAUGGAGAAACGAAAAUCAAACAGGAACCUGGGUUGAAUAAUGGAAAUGGAACAAUGGGCAGGCAACAGUUGUCGCAACAGCAGCAGCAACAACAGCAACAGCAACAACAGCAGUCUUUUUUAGAUGCCGGAACGGAGAAUAGUAUCGGGUUUCCGUCGUAUUCCGGCCAAUCCGAUACCGCGACUACUGCUAUGUUAAAUCCAUUACAAUUGGGAGCGUUACUUGGACAGGCAAAAAACUCUAUGUCCAAUCCAAUGAAUGAACGUACAAAAAAAACACGUAAAAGAAAAACCGCGGAUGGUAUUUGGCGAAGUCCCAAAAGAAAGGGAGACGAGAGUGCUGAAAUAUUAUUGGAAAGUUCUAGUUCAGAUUCUACGCCCCUAGGUACACCAACCGGUGGUAGAGAAAAUUUAAACGAGACAAGAACGUCUACGCCAACAUCAGCUACGAGCUUAACCAGUGGUUUGGAUUUUUCUAAUUUGGAUCCAACGGAUAUUUUAGGAACGGAUAAGAGCUCCGAUUAUGAUAUUGACAAUGAGAGCGAGAUAACGGAAGUUCACGAUUUGCAAGAUGUGGAAGAAUUGAUCAAGCGCGAUCGUAAAUCGAGGAAGAGAGAGGAGAAAAAGAGUCCGAUUAUAUUUGAAGAGAACAAAAGUCUGGUGCCGCCAUCCGUAAGUAUAACGCCAAUUUCAAGCAGUAGUUUGGGUCAGACUACGAACUAUAACUCUGUACUUACGGGGAUGGGUUUGGAAAGGAGGCCAGGCAUUGAAAUAAUACCAAUAGCAUCGUCACCACAAACCACUUUACCGAGCUCUAUUACUAUAACCCCAAUAGCUGGACCGACACAGUCGAAAAGUUUGACGGAUGAACGUAGAGAACGAAAAAGUUCCAAGGGCAAGUCGACAGAGGAUAAGGGAAAGUUGGAAAAAAGACGUAAGCGUAAGAGGGAGGACAGUCCUAUGGGACCGCCGCCGGAUAAAAUACCAUCUAAACAAGAUCCUUUGUCGAAACCAGUUUCAGUGAGCAUAAAACCGACUGAAUCGCCGCCAAAUUUGAGUUCACGACCGUCAUCACCUGCCGCGACAUUACGAAAAUUUAGUCCGUCUCCGACGCACACCAGUCCACUUGCUCUCGUAGGUAAGUCCAGUCCUACAUUGAAACAGUCAACAAACAAGCCAGUGCAAAGUCCAAAGCACUCUCCGGUCUAUAGCAGUAGUCCCAAACAUACGCCAGUACCUGCGAGUGUGAGUCCGAAACACGGCACUUCGUCACCAAAGCACGGAAGUUCAGCGAGCACUGGUAAGCCGAGUAUGUCUGCGCUGAAAUCUGCGGCGAAUUCUCCAUCCAGUAAAACCACUGAUUCUGGACAAUCAAAAAUAAAAUCUUCGUCAUCAUCGAGCAAAGACUCCAAUCGAGAGAAGGAGAGAAAAACAUCGUCUUUAGCCUUCGGUGGAUCGAGUGGUCAUCAGAGUCCGAAGACGAAGUCUUCCAGUGGUAAGUUAAAACAACUGGAAUUAAUUCCUAGUGGGGAAACGCAGUCUACUUUGCCUAGCAGUGGAGGCAGCACACCACCAUCGGGCAAUUCUGAACUUGGAAAGUCAGCCAUCGCUCAACAAGCGAGAAACAGAAAGGGCUCGUUGAGUGCCGUUAUCGAUAAGCUGAAGAACGCUCAGCAUUGUACGGAUGAUGGUGGCAACGGUGGGACGAAGUCAGCAACUAGUGGAAGUGGUAAUUCAAGCGGUCAGAAAGAAAGAAAUGUUGGAAGCUCCUCGAAUAAGACCGCAGAAGGAAAGUGUAUUAGUAAAAAUUCAUCUAUGGAUACGAAAAAUCCUGCAGAGUAUAUGGUAAAGCAUAGUUCCGAUGGAAUGAAGAUAACAAUUAAUAAAACUCGCACGAAAGAUUCCAAGUCUGGUACGAAUCUUAAAUUGUCUUCUUCCUCGACGUCUGUCGCUACUGGAACGUCUUCGAGUUCGUCCACGUCGUCGACAGCCAUAUCAGGUAAUGGUUCUCCGAAAACGCACACUGGUUUGAAGCCAGGGGUAAGUUCCGGUCCUGCAUCAAAGAAACCACCGUCUCAAACAUCCCCAAAGCUAUCUGGAUCCUCCUCUUCCGGUUCUGGCGGUAGUAGUGGAAACAAAGCAAAUAUCCUAGGACAAAAGAUGUUGUCUGCCUUGAAGUCCAUUUCAGGGUCGAAUUCUGGGAGCGGUAACGGAGCUGGAGGAAUCAAUGUUGGGAGUAGCGGUAGUAGCGGAUUACUUUCUAAAAAUGUGAUGUCCUCUAAAUCUUCUUCGAGUUCUCCGAAAACAGCAAGUUCCGGUGUGACGGAUCUCAGUCGAAAUCGUGAUAAAUCCCGAUUAUCAAAGUCUAGCGACAAAAGUAUAUUUCCUUCAAAAGGAAUCGGGGAUACCAGAAAAUCAAGUCCGUCAGGAUUACGAGAAGAGAGCGAGAGUGAAAGAGCGUUCAAGCUGCUGGCUGCUCACGCUUCCAUGUCGAAUCUAUCGAAUUUACCCAAUUUACCACCACAAUUAGUCGUUGAAGGUCUUAUGAAACAGCUAGAUACUAAAUUUCAAAUACCCAAAUUGUCCGCUAGAGCUAACGCAGACUCUAGCGACAAGAAAUCAGAGAAAUUAUCCAUGCUUCCCGAUAGUGGGAAAACGUUGGACAAUCUUGCCACAAAGCAGACGUCGGAACAGGGGAAACUACAAACUUUAUCGAACACGUCGAGCACCGCUUCUAAGACAGCCUCAGAGGAUCAAUCGAGCCAGGGUAGAAGAGACCAUGUACAAACGAAACCUGACAAUCUUUCCAUGACAAGCGCUGCCUCGGUAAUAAAUCUCGGUACGGACAGUACCAGUAACCUUCUACUUCCUAGUUUAUCUAGUGGAAGCUCGCAUGAUUUGGACGUUCCUACGAAUCUCUCGAUGCAGUCAACCGAGAACGAAUCCCGCGACAAGGAGCCACCGAUGAGUAGGACUAGCACGCAAUUUCUGAGUAGCACUUUAAAUUCCACUGUUGUUAGUAAAGACGAUACUAGUGGUCCGGUAAUGGCCGUUCUAUCCAAAGCAUCUGAUUCACAGCCUAAUAGUAAAUCCGUCUAUCCCACGAUGAUGACGACAGGCACGAUAACUAGCGGAAACGGCACAGCUACAACGAGUUCCGGUAGCGGAACCUCAGAAAGCUUGAAUCUAAGUAUCAAGCCAGUGGACGUCACGAUGACAAAGUACAAAUCCGACGAAAAGAAGCAACAACCAUCGCAGCAGUCUCAGCAGCAGCAACAGCUUCAGCCACCUCAGCCGCAACAGCAACAAUCUCAACAACAAACGUCACAGUCACAACAGCCUCAGCAGCAACAAAUACAAACACCGCAAAUUCCGUCUUCCGGAGGAUCUUCCUCUUCGUCUUCGCUGGGAACAACGGUGUCUUCGGAAGGUUCCUCGAGUACGAUGAAGCCUCCUGGCACCGAGAUACCCACAACGACGUCUCAAGAAGCUGCUGAAAUGCUUCUGGACUUUUCUACGCCGAAGGAAGUAGCUAAGAGCCUGAACUUCACCAGUAUCCCCGAGCGGGCCAUGACCCAGGCAGCUUCGGUUCGCAGGAACACGCCACCACCUCCACCGCCUGCCUUUCCAGCGAGUCCUUCCGUGAGUGUGCACAUCGUGAAAAGUCCUGCACCCUCGCCGAGGGUCAUCCCGCCCUCGCCUCACUCCGCUUCGCCGUGCAUCACCGAUGACGAGCUGAUGGACGAGGCGCUGGUGGGAAUGGGCAAAUGAAGGUUACUGAAACUGUAGAUUUAAUUUUAGCCGCGACUGGUACAGGGUGUCCUGAAAGGCUGGCUGACUGGCUGCUGUUGAAUUAGUCGGUCCUGCUCCACUGUGCUCCACGUUUUCGACCGUUCUUUCUCAAAUAUGAUAUCGUGGUGCACAGCCUGGAAUUGUCGUCGAGUUAAUUGGCGCUCCUCGAGUUUUUGAAACAUUGGGUGAAGGAAUGUCUUUAUGAGAUGAUUUUUAACAAUUUGGUAUCUUUGUUGUAUCUAUCUUUUUAUUUUUCUUUGGUUGCUUGAUCAGUAGAAAGUAGAAAUAAAGAAUGAAGCUCACAGGCGAAAAAUAUGGUAAGAUAUUUCUCGUUUUUUUUUAUAGAGGAGCAAUUUUGAAAUUCAAUUUCUUGACAUCUAAUUCUACAUCAAAGCCAUCUUUGAUUGCAUUUGAUUUUGAGAUUAAGUAUAUGGAUUUCUCAUCAUUUUGAGUGUAUAAAAGUAUUAAUAACGUUAGUUAGUUAGUUAUAUAGACUAUUAUUAAUUAAUUUAAACUAACAUAGGGUUUAUAUCUCUUCGAAUUUAUAUAAAAAUCAGGAAAUCAAUAAAAGUAAAGUCAUAUCUUUCUUGUGUGGUCUUCAAAUGUCAUGGGAAUAUAAUUGUUUGAUAUGUAAAGGUGGGAGGAUUGCUGAUUUUUGUUCAAUCUUAUCUUUGAUGAUUUUAAGCGAAGAUGUAUGCGUUUGUAUUUGAGUAUUUAUUACUGCAUGUUAUUUACAAAGAUAUGAAAGAUUGUUGUAUCCAAAUUUAGUAUUCAACAUCGUUUCGUAUUAAUUAUUAGUAUUGAUCGAUCCUGCCCAAUCUACAAUUACUUACUUCUUACGCUUUCUUGAUAAUAUCCAAAUAAAUUUAUGAAACUUGCUAAUCACAAUAAAGAAAACAUAUGCUGUUUUAAGAAUCAGAUGUGAACAAAGCAGAUCGUUCUGAUCUUAGAUUAUUUAAAUUUUUUAAAUAAUUAAUUUUAUCUAAUCUGUAGGUUACGAGAGAUUGAAGAAUGAUUUGAUUUGAUCGAGCCUGUUACCAAUUCCAGCAUUGAGUGCGUGUAAAAGUAAAUAUCUUUUCUUACCAUAUUUUGUUUUCUUUAACUACACAAAUAUCUUUGUAAAUUAAUAUCCAUUUACACAAACAUUUUCGCUCCAAUUAUAUACGUUUUAUAAAUUAUGAAAAUAUUAUCUGAGAUCUUACGAAUGUUAGAAGAAUUUGUAUGUUCGAAGAUAUAUCUUCCUACGAGUUAUGCGUUAAGAAUUCUCAGGCGAGCACAUUACUUAUGUUUUUCAAAGGUUGAAUAAUUGAUAAAUGUCAGAAGGGGACACCCUGUAUAUAGCAGAGAAUUUUCACUUCUCCUGAUAUGUCCUGCCGAAUAUAAAUAUAUAAUUUACGUCCCCGUAUGCGAAUCUCGAGCAAAUUCAAUUUUCUUAUGCAUAUGUAUAUAUAUAUAUAAGAUAUAUAUAUAAGAUAUAUAUAUAAGAUAUAUAUAUAAGAUAUAUAUAUAAAAGAAAGCAUACAAAAAAAAGAAGAAGGAGGAAUGAAAAAGAGAAACUGGGAGAAAGAGAAAAACAAGCGGUCCCUUUGUAAAGAUACAUUACAGAUAUAGAAAGGAAGAUUUAAGCAGCGUGUAUAUCAAAGUGAUCUAUUAUUAUAAAUAAAAUUCAUAUGCCGUGAUUGGCUCUAGGCUAGCAAUAAAACAAUUGUUUAUAGAUUUCUAAGAGAGAGAAAGAUAGCGUGUGUGAAAAAGAGUGAACGCUGUACUAAAUGAUUGCGACAUAUGAGGAAUAAUAUAGACAAGGACAUAACGAGUUAUUUUCGAUAGAAAUCCAUGUUGGACAAUAUUUAUAAGGACACCGUAGAAUGGGCAUAUGGUAUUAAAUAUAUUGACAGGAUAUUUCUCGAUUGGCGUAUUUCAUAUAUCUGGAAUUUUUACUAGUUACAAAAUAUAAACGCUUCAAAGGUAAUAAUAAUUUCAGCGAAAAUUUAUUUAUAUUUGAAAUUAUGGAGAUAUUUCAAGAAAGGGAAGAAUGAUUUAUUAUAUCAAAUACUAUGUUGUUAUUGACAUAAAUUCUGCUCGUUUUUCAUUAGAAACUUCUCAAGUUAUAUGGAAUACACUAUUUUGAAAAUAUCAUGGAUACGGGGAAAUUUUGUUCGACGAGGAGCCGUGAGAAAGGUAGAUUAUAUAGCCAAUUUAUCGAGUCCUUUAUCUUUACCUUCCUGUUCUUGUACUUGCUUCAAUUGUCCUUCCUCGUAACGGUGUUCUUCGGCAGUUUACAACGAAGAAAAGUCAGUGCUUCGAUAUUGCAAAAGUUGUUUCCACAGUUCAAGCAAUUCUCGUUUGACAAAUUGCAUGAAUAUUUAUGAAGAAGAAAAAAGAAACAGAAAAGGAAAGAAAAACAAAUCAACGUUUGUUAACGCAUCGAAGAUCAUCUUUGUCACGUAUUAACGAUAAAACUUUAUAUCGACGAUGAGAAUCAAUCGCAUAGUUUCGUUUAACACGAUGUUUCGUUUUCACACACACACACACACACACAAAAAAAAAAAGAUAUUUCAGAACGAAUGGGUUUCUGACGAAAGAAAGUCAGGGAAUGAUCGAAGCAUCGAAGGACACGUCACGAUGAUGAAAAUUGAGCUUGUAAACAAUUUUCUGUAAACGAGUUCACAAAAUUUUUACGGAAUCUUAUUGGAAUCGAUACGUUUUGAUUAGAAUAUUUUUGAAGUGUCCUCAGUGUUUCUGCGUGGUGGAAAAUUGUGAAUCGAAGAAGUAAACGGAAGGGAAGAGAUAGUAGGUACCAAGUGCCAAGUAGAGGUAAAAAGAAGAAAGGAAGAACGGCAAUUUUCGAGGAUGGAGUUUUAAUCCUUUGCGCUUUGAUGCUUCCUACUAUCUUCGUUUAAAUAUGGAAUUGAUUAUAUCACGAAAUUAAUGUUUCCAAAUAAACUAAUUUUUAUUUAAUUUCUAAAUCGUCAGAUCUGUUUCACUUGGAUUUAAUUAAUAAUUAAUAUUAUUUUUCAGGAUGAAUUUAUUGGUAAUAAUGUAUACAUAUUGUGUUUUUCAAAGGAUUGAAAUUCUGGUCUUAAGGAAAUGACGUUGUCUUUGUACAAAUUAGGCAAAAAUGUUUCGGUUUAAAGAUUGAAUAAACGUCAACGAAAAUUAGAUGCAUCGAUCGGUGUUGCAUUUAUUCAAUGUUUGAACCAAAGAUUAAGACAAGAGAACAGACACAGAAGUUAUAUGAAUAAAGUAAGCGAGUUAUAUGUCUGUUGUGGAUAAUUAAGAGAUAUUAGAGAAAAAGCGAGAGUAAGAAAGAGAAGAUUAAAAGUGAAUUAAAAUAACGACGUACAGAUCAUUUUCCACGUGUAAAUUUGAUGAAAAUUGUAUUUUCGAGCGGGAGUACCGUACCGUAGACAAUACUUUGCUCCGAUGGAUAAAAGAAAAAAAAAGAGAAGAAGAUAAGAUGAGAGGAAUAAAGAAAUUCUUGAAGAGGAAAUUGUCCGGUGCUCCCGAGGGAAAAAUAUGGUUUAUUUUUUCAAUACUCACGAUGGUGUACAUAGACCUAGAAGGCGUUUGCGAUGCGUAAACGGUGCUGUAAUAAAAUAACAAAUAUACAAAUACGAUAACUGAUAAA